GUCAUGUCCUAUGACCGGUAUGUGGCCAUCUGCAAACCCCUGCACUACGGGACCCUCCUGGGCAGCAGAGCUUGUGGCCACAUGGCAGCAGCUGCCUGGGGCACUGGGUUUCUCACUGCUCUCCUGCACACAGCCAGUACAUUCUCAAUACCCCUCUGCCAGGGCAACGGCAUUGACCAAUUCUUCUGUGAAAUCCCCCAGAUCCUCAAGCUCUCCUGCUCAGACUCCUACCUCAGGGAAGUUGGGCUUCUUGUGGUCAGUGCCUGUUUAGUGUUGGGUUGUUUUGUUUCCAUUGUGCUGUCCUAUGUGCAGAUAUUCAGGGCUGUGCUGAGGAUCCCCUCGGAGCAGGGACGGCACAAAGCCUUUUCCACGUGCCUCCCUCACCUGGCCGCCGUCUCCCUGACUGUCAGCACUGGCUUCUUUGCCUACCUGAAGCCCCCCUCCAUCUCCUCUCCAUUCCUUGAUCUGCUGUUGGCAGUUCUGUACACAGUGGUGCUGCCAGCAGUGAACCCCCUCAUCUACAGCAUGAGGAACCAGCAGCUCAAGGAUGCCCUAUGGAAACUGGCCCAGUGGAUGCUCUCUCUUCUGAUAAUCCUUACCUCUUUUUCUCUGCACAGUUCCCAGAGUUUAUAUUAG